UGGACGUCAACCAGGGAACACGAUGCCUUCUGCUCGAAGUCAGCCCGUGCAGUCUGCCCAACAGGGCUGAAACAUUAUAGCCCUUUUGUAUUGGAAAGGGCGGCGUGACAGAUUCCUGUCCCACCGGUAAAUGUCCUGUCUCCCUUCGGCUGGACUGAGGACGCUGUCAACCUUCAAGCUGGCUCGGGAAGCGGGGAUUUUACUGCGCCUCUUUUUAAUAGACAGUUCCUAGCGCCCGGCUGGGGUUUUUUUUUUCCUGCUUCUUCGUCUUCUUCCUUGUGGCUCAAGCCGUGCGGUACCCCGCUUUUCUCUCUCCCCCUCUCCCUCCCCCCCCGACCCUCGACCCUCGACCCUCUUCACCCCUUCGGAACAGCAUGGUCAUGGCGGAUACUCACCAGAAACCGACGCACCGCGGUCCGGUCCGGGUGGGCUUCUACGAUAUCGAGCGCACUUUAGGCAAAGGGAAUUUCGCGGUGGUGAAGCUGGCGAGACACCGCAUCACCAAGACCGAGGUGGCCAUCAAGAUCAUUGACAAGUCCCAGCUGGAUUCGGUCAACCUGGAGAAGAUCUACAGGGAGGUGCAGAUCAUGAAGAUCCUCGACCACCCACACAUCAUCAAGCUGUACCAGGUGAUGGAAACCAAGAACAUGCUGUACCUGGUGACGGAGUACGCCAAGAACGGCGAGAUUUUCGACUACCUAGCCAGCCACGGGCGGCUCAGCGAGCCGGAGGCGCGCCGCAAGUUCUGGCAGAUCCUGUCCGCCGUGGAUUACUGCCACAACCGCAAGAUCGUCCACCGCGACCUGAAGGCGGAGAACCUGCUGCUGGACGGGCACAUGAACAUCAAGAUCGCAGAUUUCGGAUUUGGAAAUUUCUUCCAACCAGGGGAGCCCCUGGCCACAUGGUGUGGGAGCCCCCCCUACGCAGCCCCUGAGGUGUUUGAGGGGCAGCAGUACGAGGGCCCCCAGCUUGACAUCUGGAGCAUGGGCGUGGUCCUGUACGUGCUGGUGUGUGGAGCCCUGCCCUUCGACGGCCCUUCGCUCCCCGUCCUGCGCCAGAGGGUCCUGGAGGGGCGCUUCCGCAUCCCCUACUUCAUGACUGAAGACUGCGAGCACCUGAUCCGCCGCAUGCUGGUGCUGGACCCCUCCAAGCGGCUGACGGUGGCGCAGAUCAAGGAGCACCGCUGGAUGACCCUGGAGGUGCCCGUGCAGAGGCCCGUGCUGUACCAGCAGGCGGCGGCGCCCGAGGAGGGCGAGGCGGGCGUGGGCGAGCACAACGAGCAGGUGCUGAGGCUGAUGCACAGCCUGGGCAUCGACCAGCACAAGACCAUCGAGCUGGCACAGCUGGGGCGCAGCCUCUCCCCCGUCGCCCUGGCGCUCCGCGUUGCGGGGGCACCCUCCCAGGCCGGCUGCUCGCGGCUCUGCUCUCCGCACCAUUCCGGCUUUUACAGGGCCGUUGAGGAGAACGGGAGCCGACAGCUGCGCGGGUCACCCCAGGCCCCGACACGUCUGAGGAGCCGGAAAGAGGAGGAGGGAGGGAGGGAGGGAGUGGAACUUAGUGCGGGUGCUCUGUGUGAGUGUGAAGCAGGCCUCGCACCUGCAGCCACCUGCCGGGCUGUGUGGAGGCGUGCCAGUGAGCCUCUCGGCCGCCCCUGUCGUCUCCAGGUGAACGGCUGCCUCCUGGACCCGCUGCCCCCCUCCACCAUCCGCAAAGCUGGCCCCUCGUCGCCUAGCAACAUGAUGGAGACCUCCAUCGACGAGGGCAUCGAGACGGAGGAGCCCGACUCCGAGGAGGACCCCUGCCAGGCCUUCGCCGCCUUGCACACCUCCCGCUUCGGCCAGCGGCGCCACACGCUGUCCGAGGUCACCAACCAGCCGGGCAUGGUGCCCAGCGCAGGAAAGCUCUUCAACGUUGGCCACAACCCCUCCCUGGGCAGCGUGGACUCCGAGUACGACAUGGGCUUCGUGCACAGUGACCUCAGCCUUCUGGAGGACACCCCCGCGCUCAACGAGGUGGUCCUGGCCAACACCUCCAUCACCCGCAUGACCCCGCCUUUCAUCGGCGCGCGGCCCGCCAACCCCGCCAUGCAGGCUCUGAGCUCGCAGAAGAGGGAGGCGCACAACCGCUCGCCCAUCAGCUUCCGGGAAGGACGCCGCGCCUCCGACACCUCCCUCACGCAAGGGCUCGUGGCGUUCAGGCAGCACCUGCAGAACCUGGCGCGGACCAAGGGCAUCCUGGAGCUCAACAAGGUGCAGAUGCUGUACGAGCAGAUGGGCCCCAGCGACGAGCCCUCGGCCCAGCCCCCCCUGCCUGACCUCCUGGACGCCCAGCAGCGGCAGGCCGACCUGUCCCACCCACAGGACGGCGUUUCCGUGUACCCCGGUGGACCCCACCCCCAGAUCCUGUCCCGGCGGCAGAGUCUGGAGACCCAGUACCUCACUCACAGGCUACAGAAAGCCAGCCUCCUGGCCAGCAGCCCCACCAGCUGCCAGAUGUUCUGCAAGGAGACGCCGCGGAGCCUGGAGCAGCAGCUGCAGGAGCACAGGCUGCACCAGAAGAGGCUGUACCUCCAGAAGCAGUCCCAGCUGCAGGCGUACUUCAACCAGAUGCAGAUCGCCGAGGGAUCCUACCCCCCGCGCCAAGCCCUGGGGCACCACCACGAGUCCUCGGGGUCCCAGCCUGGACAGGGGGUGCCCACGCAGCAGCAGCCCCAGCCCUCCGCCCCCCAGGCGUCCCCCCCCUUUGCUCGCGUGCAGCCCCCGCUCACACCCCUGCUGGAGCCCUCCCCGGAGCCGCUGACCUACGAACCUUACCUGGGGCACUACCAGGACCUGCAGCCCAUGGGCGUGCCCCCCGGCCUGCCCCUGCAGAGCCAGCCCCGGGACCCCCUGGGCUACAGCUACCCCGGGGGCGACCUGGCGCUGCCGCCCUCCCCCGAGCCCCUCUACCAGGAGCAGUACCAGUACCCCGCGGAGCCGGGGCAGCCGCCCCCUCUGGGCCGGCCGGAGGGCGUCCCGGCCAGCUACGAGGGGCUGGCCCUGCCCGAGCUGCACAGCAGCUUCCUGGACUGCGAGAUGAUGGAGACCGUGGACUCCCAGCACGGCUUCGUGCUGGUGAACUGAGGGGACGCCCUGGUGCGGACGAGCAGUAUUACCCUGAGACCGCUGCAGCAUUCGG